AGCACAAGAGCAAACGUUCCAGCCCACCAUCUCCCUGCCACAUCCGGGGGAAUAGGGCCAGAAAGGAACGCGCCUACGUCAUUGACGUAGACUAUGCUGGCCGUUCACGUUGGGGUUCAUUCCUGCGUUGGUGUUCACUGCACAAAUCACCAGGUGCAAACAAAAACCCACGUCUUGUGAGACUCCAAGGAACAAUUGGCUUCAGCGACUGGUUGUCUUUUGACCUGAUUCUAGGACAGAAAUCAGAACAGAGGACUUUGACAACACCUCGCUCCAUCGGUAAGCUUGUCGCCGUGGAGACAAAAUACCCAUCAAUGGGUGGUGAAUUCAACUCCAGGCUGCUUCCAUCUUCCAACAUCGGAGCCUGCCUGCGAGGAAUCAUCAACAGGGCAUGUGAUAAUGAGAUCAAAAACAUCCAUGUCAUGGAUACCAAGACCCAGGAUCAUUACAUCUCUGGCUGUGGACCAAGCAGCGCUGGUAUAUCAUCAUCAGACCAAGGAAUCACUACCAUCCUUCCACUGCUGCUCUACACCACUCAGCCUGCAUCCAGGGUCAACUACAUCGCUUAUUACUUCAAGAAUGGCUCUCUCUGGACCUCUGCCUUUACACCUUGGCAUCAGGGGAACUUCACCGGAUCCCGUCGCAUCACCUGCUUGUUUACAUGCAUCAGUUACACCAUGGUUGCAGUGCGGUUGAUGUCAGAGCCACUUUUGCAGCCAUCUCUGCAAGAGUUUGUAGUGGUCAGUCCCAUGGGAUUUGACAUCACCAUGGGUAUGGUGAUCAAGGCAGCGGGGGUUAGUGCUGUGCUUUUCCCUUUUCUCAUUCUGAUCGAAUUACUUUGCCGCACUGCUCCGACCCUUCUGUCAUCUUGUGGUCGACCUGCUGCAUUUCCUGUGGAACAGAGCAAGAACUUGUUUGAGAAUACUAGCGACAGUUCUCAGCUGAAGAAAGUUCAGUCUGCACCAAGCCACUUCAGCAACAGUAGUGGUGAUACUGAGCAUGUCAAAGACAGGUUCCCUCAAAAGUCCGUCAGUGCUCCAGAUAUGCUGUGGCAGGGAACCAGACCAACUGACCAGAGUAACCAGAAACAGAACACCGAUAUGACAUCUUUGUGCAACAACAUUGCCAAUCAGUGUGUCAUCUCCAGUAUCCCUUCUUGCAUUGAUAUCAAACCAGACCUCAGCAUCAACAGUGAUUUGGCAACCAAUAUCUCCAAAAAUGUUUGUGGAGAUUCUAAACCUAUCUGUGCUGCUGACCGGCUUGAAUGCCAUCACAAGUUAACUUGUCUUGACAAGUGUGCUGUUUGUCAUCGGACCGCAGGGAGCAAAUACUACGACCCAGGAGCUGGUUGUUCACAAGAAACUGCCUCGGUCAGAUACAACAUGUAUAAUCCUGAAGGCUUGUAUCAUCUUGGUUCUGCCAACUCCAGCUCCCGUUUUGAUUCAGAGUGUAGCUCAACCUGUUCUCUGACUACCAAGACUAGUUUCUCCAGUUCUUCCAUCAGUAUUUCCAGUUUGGAUUCAGAGGAGAGCACAAGCAGCACUCUGACCAAUGUUACUCCCCUCACCAACAACUCCUGCUCUACAAUUGAUCUCAGUGACUCUUCAACAUCUUUGAGCUGCACUGAUAUGAGUGAAUUGGCAAGCAUCACAGAUUCAUCUGUUACUUCAUACCAAUGGCCAGAGGAUUAUAAUGUCCAAGGAUCAAACAACGCUGUUGGUAGUUGGGAUGAAUGCUGCAUUGCUCCAUCUACACCACCUCUGAAUAAAUUGUCAAGACAGCAACCUGACUCCAUCACAAGAGCUACAUCUAUAUCUGGCCUGUUGAAGAAAGAACACAUGACACCUUACAAGCAGGAGACACAUCAACACAGUCCAGUGACAGGUUCAGACUACAUUGUGGACUUGCCCAUAGAAUUUGAAAUGCCAGAAGUGACUGUACAGAAAAGUAUCAACCACACGUCUUUCUUCUUCAGAUUGAGAAAGUGGUUGAAAGGAUUCUGCUCAAAGUCAAAGAAGGAGAAUGAUGCCAAGUACAAGGUGAAGGAAGCUGAAAUGCUUGCUGUCAUGAAGACUUAUCUGACUCACAUGCCAACUGUCCCGUCUGUUGACAGUGAGACCAACAUAAUUGCAACUAAUAACCAUUGUGCAACAAGAUCCACAGGCAUCUUCUGUGAAUCUAUUUUCCUGACACCGAGUCAAGUGAUCGAAAACCAGCUGGAUACUCUAAGCUUUUCAUCUUCAGGCAGCUGGAGCAGCAUCACAUCAGCUCAAGAGGAAGCUGAGAGAAAGAUGAUUGGCCUCGACCACACAAAUGAGAACAACAAUAACGAAGUGAGCACCAUUGAAAUCAGACCUUGCGAGGAACCAACUACCAGACUGCCCGUCAGCACCAACUCUGACUCCGCUGUCGCCAUGGAUGGUAUUCAAUCUUCAUCCACCUUGUCUACUUCGGAUACAGAUUCCUUGAGGAAUGACAUCAUCAUCAGUAAAGAUUCGGCCAAUGGGAAGCAAGACAUAUCUCAAGGGAACCAAAGUUUGUCUGAAAUCAAGCCAACCGCAUCCAGCAAGCACUGUGCCAGAUCUUGCUUUUCAAUUCUAGCAGCAUUUGUCCAGAUCUUCCUGAUUAUAUCCUGUAUAUUUGCCACACUGUGGUCUGUGUCAUCNGUUCCAUGGUGUCUGCUGGCAUACUUUGUGGGAGUGGGUGACAACUUCCAUCAUCGCCAUUGUCAUCCAGGCUGUCAUCUUGGACACACUUAA